AUGUGUAGUGACGAUGGCAAGGACGGGUUGAAGUUCUACACGGACCCCUCCUACUUCUUCGACCUCUGGAAGGAGAAGAUGCUGCAGGACACGGAGGACAAACGCAAGGAGAAGAGACGGCAGAAGAAAGACCGUGCGAAAGUGGGGGGCAACCGAGACAUUCGUAAUGUGCGCAAGGCCAAAAACCGCCGCCAGGACUGGGAGCGCCUCAAAAUGGGAAAGGAGUUCAUAGCGGACAGCAAACUGCUGCUGCUGCAGCAGCAGGGCUCUGGGACCAGUGAGCCAACGACUUCUCCCGUACCUCCAUCCAUGGCACCGCCCCCUCCGCCCCUGGACGGCCAAUCGGCUUACAGCUCGCCCGGGUAUGGGCACGGCCAGGCCUUCAACGGGGACCUGCCGCCUCCACCCCCAGCCGAUUAUAGCACGGCAGACUCCCACCCCAGCCCUCUGCACCCUCCAACCUCCUCCCCCUUCCCACCCUCCGUCCCUCCGCCCCCUCCGCCCAUGUCCUGGAGCUCUCCCGGCGGCGGAGCGGGAGGGGGAGGGGCCCAGGCGACCCCCCCUCCCCCGCCCCCGCCCCCUCCCCCGCCCCCACCCCCCGGACCCUUCGGACACCCGGCGGGUGUCGUCGCCGCGGGGUCCACGCCGCCAUCGGGGGGGGUCUUCGGCGCCCCCGCCGGAGGCCCCGUCGGCGGGGGCCACUCGCUGCUGUUGCCGCCGGCGCCACCGCCACCGCCGCCACCGCUGCCUCCGCCUCUCCCGGUGGGUGGUGGUGGCGGCUACGGUGGUUUUGGUGGUUUUGGCGGCGGUGGUGCCGCACCGCCACCGCCGCCGCCACCGCCGCCGCCGCCGAUGAUGACGGCCAUGGACGGGGGCUACGGCAGCCGCAUGGCGGCGGCGGCGGCGCCUCCGGCCGCUCCGCCGUUGCCGCCGGUGACGUGCGGCACGGGGGUUGCGGUGGAGGGAGCGGCAAGCGAGGAGGGCAGUGCACGCAGCGACCUGCUGGACGCCAUCAGACGCGGCAUCCAGCUGAAGAAGGGUCAGGACAAAGCGGACCAGGACGCCAAGCGGCAGGCCGCGGGGAACGACGUCGCCGCCAUCCUGUCGCGGCGCGUCGCUGUCGAGUACAGCGACUCGGACUCGGACACGUCGGAGUUCGGCGACGGAGACUGGUCCGACUGAGACGAGCGGAGA